GGUGCCGACAGAUAUGAAAGGGCAGCCGAGCAAAUCGGCAGAAGCAUGGAUGACGUCUUUGCUUUUGCCAAAGAAUUCCAGGAAGCUAUGGACCUGCAACACCAAGAGGGAAAUUUCAACGAGGCUCGAGAUAGCUGGACCUACUCGGUCUGGGUCGAGCAGGAAUAA